AUGCUUUCUUUUGCCUUUCUUUUCUUUCUUUUUCUUUUGGCAGUAAGGUUAAUUUCUUUCUUUCUUUUGCUUUUUCUUUUCUUUUAUUCUUUGGCAGUAAGGUUAAUUUCUUAUGCUUUCUUUUGCCUUUCUUUUUCUUUUGGCAGUAAGGUUAAUUUCUUAUGCAUUCUUUUGCCUUUCUUUUUCUUUCUUUUCUUUUGGCAUAAGGUUAAUUUCUCAUGCUUUCUUUUGCCCUUUUCUUUUUUUUUGGCAGUAAAGUUAAUUUCUUAUGCUUUCUUUUUGCCUUUCUUUUCUUUUCUUUUCUUUUUGGCAGUAAGGUUAAUUUCUUAUGCUUUCUUUUGCCUUUCUUUUCUUUUCUAUUCUCUUGGCAGUAGUAAGGUUAAUUUCUCAUACUUUCUUUUUGCCUUUCUUUUCUUUCUUUUCUUUUGGCCUUUCUUUUUAAUUUCUUAUGCUUUCUUUUGCCUUUCUUUUCUUUCUUUUCUCUUGGCAGUAGUAAGGUUUUUAUUUCUUAUGCUUUUCUUUCUUUUGCUUUUCUUUUCUUUCUUUUCUUUUGGCAUUUUAAUUUCUUAUGCUUUCUUUUGCCUUUCUUUUCUUUCUUUUUUUUUGGCAGUAAAGGUUAAUUUCUUAUGCUUUCUUUUUCCUUUCUUUCUUUUAUUUUUGGCAGUAAGGUUAAUUUCUUAUACUUUCUUUUUUGCCUUUCUUUUCUUUCUUUUCUCUUGGCAGUUAAUUUCUUAUGCUUUCUUUUGCCUUUCUUUUCUUUCUUUUCUUUUGGCAGUAAGAGUUAAUUUCUUAUGCUUUCUUUUGCCUUUCUUUUCUUUUUCUUUAAGGUUAAUUUCUUAUACUUUCUUUUGCCUUUCUUUUCUUUCUUUUUUUUUUUGGCAGUUAAUUUCUUAUGCUUUCUUUUGCCUUUCUUUUCUUUCUUUUCUUUUGGCAGUAAGGUUAAUUUCUUAUGCUUUCUUUUUUGCCUUUCUUUUAUUUUUCUUUUCUCUUGGCAGUAAGGUUAAUUUCUUAUCUUUCUUUUUGCCUUUCUUUUUUUCUUUUUUGGCAGUAAGGUUAAUUUCUUAUGCUUUCUUUUGCCUUUCUUUUCUUUCUUUUCUUUUGGCAGUAAGGUUAAUUUCUUAUGCUUUCUUUUGCCUUUCUUUUCUUUUGGCAGUAAGGUUAAUUUCUUAUGCUUUCUUUUGCCUUUCUUUUCUUUCUUUUCUUUUGGCAGUAAGGUUAAUUUCUUAUGCUUUCUUUUGCCUUUCUUUUCUUUUGGCAGUAAGGUUAAUUUCUUAUACUUUCUUUUGCCUUUCUUUUUCUUUUGGCAUUAAUUUCUUCUUUCUUUUUGCCUUUUCUUUUCUUUUGGCAGUAAAGUUAAUUUCUUUCUUUUUUGCCUUUUUUUCUUUCUUUUCUUUUGGCAGACAAAAGUUAAUUUCUUAUGCUUUCUUUUGCCUUUUUUUUUUUUUUGGCAGUAGGUUAAUUUCUUUCUUUCUUUUGCCUUUCUUUUCUUUCUUUUCUCUUAGUAAGGUUAAUUUCUUAUGCUUUCUUUUGCCUUUCUUUUCUUUUUUUUUCAGUAAGGUUAAUUUCUUAUGCUUUCUUCUGCCUUUCUUUUCUUUUGGCAGUAAGGUUAAUUUUAAUGCUUUCUUUUUUUUUCUUUUCUUUCUUUUCUUUUUGGCAGUAAGGUUAAUUUCUUUUGCUUUCUUUUUGCCUUUCUUUUCUUUCUAUUCUCUUGGCAGUAAGUUAAUUUCUUAUGCUUUUUUUUUGCCUUUCUUUUCUUUUGGCAGUAAGGUUAAUUUCUUUGCCUUUCUUUCUUUUGCCUUUUCUUUUCUUUCUUUUCUUUUUUUCAUAAGGUUAAUUUCUUAUGCUUUCUUUUGCCUUUCUUUUCUUUUUUCUUUAAGAGUUUUUUUCUUUUGCUUUCUUUGCCUUUCUUUUCUUUCUUUUCUCUUGGCCGUAAGGUUAAUUUCUUUCUUUCUUUUGCCUUUCUUUUCUUUCUUUUCUUUUUUGGCUUUUAAUUUCUUAUGCUUUCUUUUGCCUUUCUUUUUUUCUUUUCUCUUGGCAGUAAGUUUCUUUCUUUCUUUCUUUCUUUUGCCUUUCUUUUUUCUUUUUGGCAGUAAGGUUAAUUUCUUAUGCUUUCUUUUGCCUUUCUUUUCUUUCUUUUCUCUUGGCAGUAAGGUUAAUUUCUUAUGCUUUCUUUUGCCUUUCUUUUCUUUCUUUUUCUUUUGGCAGUUAAUUUCUUUUUCUUUCUUUUGCCUUUCUUUUCUUUCUUUUCUUUUGGCAGUAAGGUUAAUUUCUUAUCUUUUUUUUGCCUUUCUUUUCUUUCUUUUCUUUUGCAGUAAGGUUAAUUUCUUAUCUUUCUUUUUUCUUUUCUUUUCUUUUGGCAUAAGGUUAAUUUCUUAUGCUUUCUUUUGCCUUUCUUUUUUUCUUUCUUUUCUUUUUGGCAGUAAAGUUUUUUUCUUAAAACUUUUUUGCACCUUUCUUUUCUUUCUUUUCUCUUUUCUUUUCUUUAAUUUCUUUCUUUUUUUUGCCUUUCUUUUCUUUUUGCAGUUAAUUUCUUAUGCUUUUUUGCCUUUCUUUUCUUUCUUUUUCUCUUCUUUCUUUAAUUUCUUUUCUUUCUUUUUGCCUUUUUUUUCUUUUUUGGAAGUGAGUUAA